CCGGACUGGAAGGGGGUGAAAGUGUCCGGACUGGAAGGGGGUGAAAGUGUCCGGACUGGAAGGGGUGUGAAAGUGUCCGGACUGGAAGGGGUGAAAGUGUCCGGACUGGAAGGGGUGAAAGUGUCCGGACUGGAAGGGGUGAAAGUGUCCGGACUGGAAGGGGUGAAAGUGUCCGGACUGGAAGGGGGUGAAAGUGUCCGGACUGGAAGGGGUGAAAGUGUCCGGACUGGAAGGGGUGAAAGUGUCCGGACUGGAAGGGGUGAAAGUGUCCGGACUGGAAGGGGGUGAAAGUGUCCGGACUGGAAGGGGGUGAAAGUGUCCGGACUGGAAGGGGUGAAAGUGUCCGGACUGGAAGGGGGGGGAAAG